AGCAAAGUUGUUGCCUUGUUGCUUGGCAGAUAAAUAACAAAGUGCAUACCGGUGUGCACGUUGAUAGAAGUUUUCUGUCAACCUACUCUUAUCGGAUUCAUGAAAGAUGUACCUUCUUGUGCAAGUCUGAUAGUGGUUGUGUGGCAUCACACUCAGCUUGAAAUAGUGGCCAGCCAAUGGGAGACAGGUGACAGUAAAGGGAGGCAACCAGGCAACACCAGCACCAGCUAUGUCGAAGGACGACUACGAUGAUUACAGCGAUGACUUCAUCAGUGAUGAUGAGGACUUUAAGAGCAAGUCCAGGAACCAAGGGAAACAAGGUGCUGUAUAUGGAAAGAAAAAGGCCAACCCGAAAUCAAGAGGCCAUGGCAGAGGUCGUGGAGGAGGACCACCACAGAAGCAGUCGCCUAGAGUGGAUUAUGUUGCUCAACGCAUGCUUUCUGCAGGUCGCAUCAAGAUUAAUGAGCUCCGAAACCAAGUGGAGGACCAGAACACAGUGAUCCGAGAAUUGCGUGAAGAAAACAAGUUGUUGAAGAAGACACAGCACCGUCAUGAGAAGGCUUUGACGAAGUACGAAGAUCAGGAGGGCGACCUUCCAAAGCUCAUACUCCAGCACAACAAUGAGACAAGGACACUCAAGGAUCAGCUUAGAACCAUGAAGGAAAAGUAUGAGAAAACUGAUCGCUACCUCCGAGAUGCAGAGGAUGAUCUUGACAGAGCCAAUGUCAAGUUGAAGAAGUACAAGAGUUAUGCAGAGAACAAGGGGCUACCAGAACGAGAUGAACUCAACCGCAAGUUGUCCAAGGCAGAGUUGGACCUUGAGGAGAAGGACAGAAAGAUCAAGGAACUGCAGCGACAUGUUGAACACCUGAGCAAGAACCACCGCCAUGAACUAGGGGUGGAGAUAGCCCGACACCGUGAGACCAAGAGACAACUUGACCAGUACCAGGGAGACAAGGACAACCUGGAGACCAAACUGAAAGAGAAGGAGAAGGAACUGGAUAUCAAGAACAUAUACAGUAACCGCGUGAUGCGUGCCCCCCACAAGCUGCCUGCAUCCUACGGGGGCACACCCCUAGACACACCUCCUCCUCCACGCAGGAGAGUGCCCUCUGUCGGAGAGAUGACGGCUAGGGAGAAGGCCCGAAUGUUUGAAAUGAAGCGGAGGGAAGAGGCAAAGAAGAACAAACCUAAACCUAAGCCCAAACAGGAUGUGUUUGAAAACCGCUGGAACAAGGAAGGUGAGGAAAGGGAUCGACUGGCAAUGGAGGAGAAGGAGAGACGAGACCUGGAGAAUAAGUACCUGCAGGCCAGGGAGGAAGAGGAGAGGAAGAGAGAGUGGCAGAGAGAGUUGGAGAUGCAGCAGGAUCAGGAACGACAGUUCGAGCAAGAACAGGAGGACCUGCGGAGAGAACGUCAACGCAUGAAGAGAGAGUCAGAAGACCUUCAGAGACGGGAGGCCAACAGGCAAAGAGAACAGCGUGAAAGGGAGGAGAGGGAGAGAAAGGAACAGGAGGACCGAGACCGCCAAGAAGAAGAAAUGGAAAGUCAGGCCCAAGCAGAGCGUGAGAGACUGGACAAUGACCCUCGUGUGUUGGAGGAACGUAGGAAAAAGGAACUGCUGCUAGCCAGGUUGAAGGCUAUAGAUGAUGGGUCAAAGGAAAAUGUGAGCCCAGUUAAUCACUCUCCCUAUGGAGAUGACAGCUCAACUCCUAUAAGUAGAAAGAGUUACUCGUUUUCCAAGCCUACCGAGAAUUUACAUAAUGGCAAGCCAGCAUAUGAGGAAGUGAGCGUUCCGUACAUAGACAGGAGGAAACAGCAGCGGGCCCAAGAGGAGGAUGCAGCUGGGUAUAACCCAUCAUUUGCCAGGAGGUCAAGUGGCACCUCCAGCAAGAAGUUGGGCAUCAACGAAUCUCCCUCCAGGAAACCCAACAAAAAGUCUGCCCUAAUGGAUGAACUGUUUGGAAAUCAGAGUGGAACCAAUAAAAAAGAUGACGAUCUGUUCCAAACCAUAGACUCAAGAAAACAGACUACUAAGCGUUCGUCUGGCUUCCCUUGGGAUGAAGACAGUACAAGUACGGCUACGGCAUCCCGGCCACGGGAGAACUCUAGCACAUUGUUUGGAGGUGGUGCUGCUCUUGUAGAGGAUGAUGGACCCUCAGAUAAAUCCAAACUGUUACCACGGCGACAGAGACACCAGUCCAGCACAUUUAGUUCCAAACCUGCAGUGAGCGCAAUUGACACAUUUGAGGAUGAUAUAGAGGAAGUCAUGUUGUAGACAGGUUGUGUAUAGUACCAACACUACAGUGCCUCAUCCCGGAACCUUCAUUUCAACAUUGGCAUCAUCAUACUACUUGAGAGAUACUAUUUUAAUACAAGCAUCUAUAGCAAUCACCUUCAGUUCUCACCACUCACUCAGCAUCAGUCACCACUUUUACUCCUGUGCUAGUUGAUCUGUUGUCAUGUUGUGCAGGUCAAUCCUGGAAUAUCUCACUACACGCACUCCUUCCUAGAAUCUCUUGUGGAGAAUUAUCUAUUUUGUUCUGAGUGUGGAAUUCAAUCAAUGCUUCUCUUCCAGGUGAUGAAACCCGGGUUUACAAUGUCAUACAAUCAUUCUUUGUUUGUUGUGUCCAUUGUGGAAAAUGAGUACACACACAGAACGCAUGUCUGGUGGUUAUAUCUCAAGACUGAAGGAUGAAUGAACUUGAAAAUGUGAUGAUUAAUAACUUGACACAUAAAGUAUGUUUGAACCAUACUUAUAUUUAAAAGCAUGAGCCCUGGUACAAAUAAUUUUGUUUUGAAAUUGUUGGAGCUUAUUUACAAGCUUGAUCUUGUCUGUUUCUACAACUGGGAAACUUACCAUUAGACACUCAACAUCACAGACUGUAUUAGUGUGUGUGGGGCUGCUGUGGUUCUGUGGUCUCUGUAUUGAUCACUAUGUCAACAUUUACCAAAGAUUUCAGGUGGUUAUAACUAACAGUGUUAUAUCCAUGAUGUUUUAAGUUUUGUAUUUUUGAAAUAUAUUCAGACUGUUAAAGAAAUGUUAGAUUUGAGAUCCAGUGUCAAAUAUUAUUGUAUUUGGUCCUAUUCCCAACAAAUCAGAAAAUGUUGGUAAACAAUGAAUUUGAAAAAUCAAAAUUUAUACAAUAAAUUUGAUACUUUAUGUUACAAAUUUUCAUUGAAUGUCUCAUAUGACAUUAAUUCAUUUUCAGAAAAUAAGACUUAAAACAAAAUCCAUGGGUACUUAGGUUAAAAUUGUAGAUAAAUCCAUGAUAAUGAUCACAGUAAUAGGGUUUGCUUGAGGAACUGGGUGAUAAAUAGAUUUGUAUUCCUGUGUGGAGAAUGUGAAAGAUGCUGUGAUAUUAUGGUGAAGGAGUACAAUGACGGAUGUUAUCUUUAGGCUGUGAUAUAAUGUGCCUUCAAGGCUAACUUUUUUGUUUUCAAUGUUGAACAGAAGCAGUUUGUCCAAAAGUAAUUUUUCUAGAACAAAAUAGUCAUUUUAAUAAAACAAGACCACUUUUCAUUCAUGUUUUAGGACUUUACUUUGUUUUUGUGUUUAAGAGAAUGGGGAAAGGGAAACAAUGUUGAAAAUAUUGUGAGGGAUACCUUGAGGCAUAUUUACUAUAAGAACUCUUGAAAUACAGGAUUUGUCAAAAUUACAAACAUUAUUACAAAUUCAUUAAUUAAAACUCACAAUACAUUUUGGGUAUUUAUCUGUCCAUUUCAAAAUGUUUUGGGUCAUGAAAAAAUACAAUGGUCUGACCUGCAAAUAAAUAGAUUUUAUUGCUAUUGUAACUGUAAUGGAGAUUGUCUGUUCCGUCCAUGGAAAGGGACUUUUUAUGACCUAAAUGUUUGUUAUUUGUAAGAUCUGUUACAGUGUUUGUUUGUUAAUGUUUGUGCCAUAUCUGUGAACAAUCAGUUUCAUAGCCUCAUAUGCAUUGUUUGUGGAAAAAACCACAUUAUUUUAUUAUGUAUCAAUUGCAUUGGGCAUAAAUAGGACAUGUAGAAUAUAGAAUAUGUUGAACCAUCUCCUGUCACACUUGUAGUGUCAGGUGCAGUCUUACACAGGCCUCCAUUGAAGACGCCCUGCAGUACUCACUGGUGACUUUGCUUCAGCUGUCAGAGGACCAGUCAUCCAGCAUGCUGACAACAGUUUGUGCUGUGAAUUGAUCCAAGGCUGGUAGACCAACAUAGCUUGUGCUGCACAUUUGUGCUACAAGUUGACCCAACAGGUUGGUUGACAGAACAGGGCUUGUGCUGCAAGUUGACCCAACAGGUUGGUUGACAGAACAGGGCUUGUGCUGCAAGUUGACCCAACAGGUUGGUUGACAGAACAGGGCUUGUGCUGCAAGUUGACCCAACAGGUUGGUUGACGGACCAGGGCUUGUGCUGCAAGUUGACCCAACAGGUUGGUUGACGGACCAGGGCUUGUGCUGCAAGUUGACCCAACAGGUUGGUUGACGGACCAGGGCUUAUGCUGGAAGUUGACCCAACAGGUUGGUUGACAGACCAGGGCUUGUGCUGCAAGUUGACCCAACAGGUUGGUAGGCAGACCAAGGCUUAUGCUAUGAGGCGACCCAGUUGGCUGGUAGGCUGACUAUGACUUGUGCAGCAAGUGCUUCUGAUGCAACAGAGUACUGCCUCCAACACAGCAGACCCUUGACACCCAGUAGUUUGACCUUCAACCUCCCUACUAGUUUCUCUAGCUUAUGGCCACAAACCUGUAGAUAAUCAUGAAGUUUUGCAAAUUUUGGUGCAAAUUAACUUUUACUUGAAGAAGGUUGUAUAUUUUCUAACAAAUAUAUACAGUUGUAAAAAAUGACUAUUUUCUUAUUUAAAGAUUGAUAAGUACAAUGAUGCAGUUCUUUGAAAUGUGAGAUAAAUACUGUAUGGCUGGAAGGUACCAUGACCUUCACCCUGAUCGGUAAACAGUUAUUAAUUCAUGCAACUGGACACUUGUGGUUUAGUUAUAUCAUUUGUACAAUGUCAACUUCAAAGGAAGGCCACUGUAUGUGGAUCUUGCUGCAGUGGAAUAUUGGUCUGAAUUGUCACAUGUACAAUGACUGGCAACUACAGCAAUUAGAGUAUGACACAAAUAUAUCCUACCAAUACUUUACAUGCCAGAAGAUAACACUGUCUUAAUCAUAGAUAGUAAGAUAUAUCAUACUGAUAUAUUGAGCUGUGUCAUAUCUCGGAUAUUGGACAGGUAGGAUGUAUCUGUCAUGUCAUGUCACAGAUAUUGUUCUGUGUCAUAUCACAUAUAUUGUACUGGUGGGAUAUGUCAGUAUUAUGACACAUCACAGAUAUUGUACCAGUAGAAAUUCAACCCAUACAUGUUUCGAUCUUACCGUUGAUAUGCGAUUCAUAUGUUUCGUGGAAUGUUUUCGAAAUGAGUUCACAGUUAAUGGUAAGUUACAAACCUGGUGUUUGUCACAAGACAGGGUUGUCAUGGAAAUGAUGUCUGGAACAAAUGUGUGUGUUCUUUCGUGUCCUCUGUUUUCCAGCAUCGGGGCUGUUGAUGUAUACACUAUUUAUUUGUCGGUUAGUAUGAGUGAUGCAUAGUCAGGCCUAUUUAUUGAUCUCAUUCUGCAGCUAUCAUCCUAGUUUUGAAUGUGUCACUGUAUAUGUUUGCAUGGUGCUUCUGUCAGUGACAGUGUGAAUGUUAUCAUAAGACCCUGCUAGAUGUCUUUAAUGAAAAUAAUUAUAUUGUCAUAAAACAUUAUUAUCUAUUUCCAAAUACAUACAUAACAUAUACAUUUUAUAAGUAUAGCAAUACAUGAUACUAUUAUUAUUUUACCAGUAACAGUGGUAUGAGAUUUUAUUCAGAUAUUUUACAAUAAGAUGGAAUUUCAGUCAAUGCAUAUUUAUUUGUUAAAUCAUAUUUUAACCAUAUGAAUAUAUACUGGUAUUUCUUUUUAGCACACUGCUGUCACUCUGUAUAGAGUUUGUUAUUGUAUAUUAAAGGUAUGACUGGGGGUCUAUAUCUUUUAACUCUAGCAAUGUGCACGGGUUUACCUUUUGCCACACUGAUUGCAAAACUGACUUUAGUUGUCAUGGUUACCUUUACUCAUACGGACAAGUAUCAGAAGGGAGAUAACUCAUGAAACCGUGCCUCAUCUUCGUCAGAACAAUAGAAAUCACUAUGUUCAGUAUAUAUCAGUUAGUCAUAUAUUGGGAGACUUGUGUGCUUUCCUAAAUAACCUGUUCUGUCAAAUGUUUGGAAUGUAAGCAUUCAGUAAAUUAAGCCCAGACUGAUUUUAAACUAUUUUUUAUGUGUAAAUCUGCCAUAUUUCACAUUAUAUAAAUAUUUUCAAAUUAUGGAUAUUUUGAACAUAUUCGUAUUUUGUAACAGGUUCUUUUCACUUAGUAUUUUUGAGAAAAAUAUAUCAAGUCCAUUGUUUUAAUUACCUGAUACAGUCUUUAAAAUAAACAUAAAAUUAGACCUGAUGAUACACAUUGUCUGAUGCUGGAGACUUUGGGUGAUUAUGUGAUUACCUUCAUUUUGUUGUGUGCGACAGGGAAGAGUGACUGGUACAUUGUGAGGAGAGGAAUGACUGCUCUGUCUAUCACUAUAUCUUCCAGGUAUGUCAUGGCCAAUCUACACUCUGUAAUAAACAUUUACUUAUCUAUA